UGGAUAAAUAGCGUACAUAUGAAUGCCUAUAGCCCCUGCUAGCCCCCCGAUCCUGUCGACUCAUCCAAAAUGCUCUCAUCCCUGCUCCUCUCCGCACUUACAGUUUCUGCGGCUCCGGCCAAGAGACAAGAUCUGGGCAACACAUCCGGGUACCUGAUCCAGUUGCCUGUCACUCCAACCAGUCCUUACGGUGCCUCGAACCUCUGUUUGGCUACCAACCCUACUGGUGCCGGUGGGCUCGGAGACGGCACACCCGUCGGUUUCGUCGACUGCCACUCGGUCCAGACUCUCUCCCCUACCAACGCCCUGUACGGCUUGUGGAAUAUCCAGCCUGGUAACCAACUCAGUGUCCAGCUUGUAGGAACCAACUAUUGCUUGGAUGCUGGUACAAACCCCGGAUCCGAUCCAUCCGUGCCUGCCAAGGUCUGGCAAUGCUACCCCGGACUCGCGCAGCAGCAGUUUUACUACACUGACACCGAUCAUAUCGCGGUGACAGGGUACACGCCUUGUCUCGACUACAGCAGCUCGGCGGGCACCAACUUUGUCGCUUGUGGUUCCAACUACAAUAAUGGGGACAUCCAGUCGUUCACUCUUAUGGCUGUUGGUAGCGCUUCGUCCACUUCUAUGGCGAGCACCUCGAGCAUGACCCCCACUUCGACAAUGGCUCCCAGUUCCACCUCUUCUUCGGCGCCUGCCGCGACCGGAAAGGUCAUCUACUGGCAGAAUGGACAGGACUAUUCUCAAUGUCUGACCGUCACCAACGGUCAGUUCUACGACGGCUCUCCCGUCGGCAUCGCUCCCUGCGCAUGGACCGCCAAUCAAAUGUGGGUCUACAGUGACCCCGGUGUCACGUCCAUUCAGGUCGCCGGACAGAACUACUGCAUCGACUUUGGUGACAAUGGCGGAUACGACGGAGUCCCGAUGAAGAUCUGGCAAUGCUACCCUGGUCUCUUCCAGCAGACCAUGUACUACACUCAGGACAACCACAUCGCCGUGUACAACGGUAACCAGUGUCUCGACGUGAAGGCUGGCACCCAGAAUGUUCAAGGCUGGCAAUGCAGCGGCCCUGAUGUUCACCAACACUGGGCAUCUGCCGGACCCGCCUAGUUUUCGAUCGGGCGAACGGACAAUGAUAGUUUAUAAUUGACAUGGACAAUGAGACUCGUUUCUUGGAAAGUAGGAAUUGCUUGUGGUGAUGUUUAGUUGCGCGACUACGCCAGGCCUUUCUGAGGUGUAGACAAAUGCACAAUAUCAAUUUGGUCGA